UCACAAUUUUGUUCUGUUUGCCAAAAAAGCUUCCAAAGCUCUCUCUCUCUCUCUCUCUCUCUCUCUCUGGCUUCACUUCUUUAUUCCUCCCUUUUCCCUUUUCUCACUCUAGAUUCAGCCCAUUUAAUUCUCUGACUCAAUCGACACAGAUACGCAACAGAUUGAAAUGAAGAUUGAAUCUUGGAGUGACAAAUCCUAGGGUUUCCAUACCGUUACUACUCUAUGGCGAUUCGAGGCGUGGAUUUCAAGUGGUACGAUGGGUUUUUCUUGUCAAUGUUGGCGACAAGUAUAAUCAUUGUGGCAAUCAAUUGGAAGCGGUACCAUUUCUGUACAUACCCUCUGCACAUAUGGAUCGUGGUUGACUACACUGCAGUUUUUGUUUUUCGGCUCUUGAUGUUUGUAGAUAAUGGGCUUGCUGCUGGCAUGGGAUUGGAUUUUGGAUGGCAGCAGAGGUAUGCACGUUUCUGUGGAAGAAUGGUGGUUCUUUCAAUUCUUUCUGUGCUACUCUAUCCGUUUCUCUGGGUUUGGACAGUUAUUGGUACACUGUGGUUCUCUAGUGCAAAAAACUGUUUGCCUGAAGAAGGUCAGAAAUGGGGGUUCCUUAUUUGGUUGCUUUUUAGCUACUGUGGACUCUUUUGCAUUGCCUGCAUGUCUGCGGGAAAGUGGUUAACGCGAAGACAAGCACAUUUAUUACGUGCUCAACAGGGGAUUCCUAUUUCAGAAUAUGGGGUGUUGGUUGACAUGGUUCGAGUACCGGAUUGGGCAUUUGAAGCUGCGGGCCAAGAGUUGAGAGUCAUGGGCCAAGAAGCUGCUGCAUACCAAUUCGGAAUAUACUUGACACCAGCACAGACAGAAGCAGUCGAAGCACUCAUUCAGGAUCUUCCAAAGUUCAGGUUGAAGGCAGUUCCCACUGAUUGCAGCGAAUGCCCCAUCUGCCUAGAAGAGUUUCAUGUUGGAAAUGAGGUUCGUGGGCUUCCUUGCGCUCACAAUUUCCAUGUAGAAUGCAUCGACGAGUGGCUUCGUCUGAACGUGAAAUGCCCCCGGUGCCGUUGUUCGGUCUUUCCAAACCUUGACCUCAGUGCAUUAUCCAACAUGCGGCCCGAUUCCGAACGGUCACCCAUAAGUGUCCUGACAACGGUGACCCGUUACGUAAGAACCCAGCCGCCCAGCCAGAGUUACCUUCUGAGAUUGCAAGGUUUGCUCCGACCCGUUCGUUUAGAAAAUGCGGGCCCCGUUAGCGAUGCCGAUGUUGCCUUGGAAACUGCUGAGAAUGGAAGUGUGCCGGUGGAACGUCAGCUUGUUGUGCAUCCAAACGCUCCUCAACGGUAGAGUUUGCGACUACUAAUAUUUUGUUGAUUCGUAUUCUAACCAGUGUGUGCUUAAGAGGCGUAAAAUGAGGUGUGUCCAUUGUGCUUUGUUUUGUUGACAAAAUUUUUUGAUCUGAAAACUCUGUUAACUGAUCGUUUCCUUAA